AUGGAGAGGGAGUUCUGUGAGAGCCACUCGACCUCGCUCUGGAGCUGCAGGUCCCAGCAUGGUCGACCAGCCCGGUGCUGUGGUCCAGGAGGACCCAUGGAUGUCCGCCCAGGCCCUGGACAGGCUGCUGAAGAUGCCUCUUCCACUGCCACGGAUUCGCAGGAGGACCCAUGGAUGUCCGCCCAGGCCCUGGACAGGCUGCUGAAGAUGCCACUUCCACUGCCACGGAUUCGCACCCGGCCCUGGUGGUUUCCUGUGCUGGAGCUGAGAGACCCAUUGGUGUUUUACCUGGAGGCAUGUCUGGCUGACCCCAUCUUCGGCAAAAACGGAGUCAUGAUUUCGGAAAUAGAGUGGAUGAACCAGGUCCUGCUGACGGUGGAAAAGGUGAACUCAGGAAGCUUAAUCGAAAUCACUGUUUUCGGACAGCCCCGUGUCCAAAAUAGGGUGAAAAGCGUGCUCCUGAGCCUGGCAGCAAGGCACCGGGGAAACCAUGCCCGAGAUAAGAAGAUGAAACAACUGGAGAAGUUCUUGAAGGCCCAUGGGUCACCUCCCCCGACUCCCCAGUCUCCCCGGUCUCGGUCUCCUGUCGCAUGA